AACUGCUGGUGGUAGGAGCGCCCACACAGGGCACAGGGCGGGUCCAGAGAAAGUCGGGCCCAUUGUUAGGGGAUCCGGCUUCCGGAGGAGGGGACAGCAUUCAGAGGCGUACCAGGCCCCUGAGGAGAUAGAGAGGCAAGGGAGACUGUGGGGACCUGAGGGCAACAGCAGGCAUGGACCAAAGCAGUGAAGCAUGUAUGAAAAAGAUUAGCAGUGUGAAUCUUGACAAACUUAUAAAUGACUUCUCACAGAUAGAAAAGAAAAUGAUAGAAACUAAUGGAAAGAACAAUAUACUGGAUAUUCAGUUGGAAAAGACUAACUGUUUAUUAAAAGUAAUGCAAGCAAAGGAAGUCUCAAUUAAAGAAGAAUGUGCUACUCUUCAUAAUAUAAUAAAAGGUCUACAACAUACCAUUGAAUAUCAACAGAAUUUGAAAGGUGAAAAUGAACAACUAAAAAUAAGUGCUGAUCUUAUAAAAGAGAAGUUAAAGUCUCAUGAACAGGAAUAUAAGAAUAAUAUUGCCAAACUUAUAAGUGAAAUGAAAAUCAAAGAGGAGGAAUAUAAGACAGAAAUAAGCAAACUUUAUCAGGACAUGCAGAAAAAAGUUGAAUUAAAUGAAGAAAAGCACAAAGAACUAAUAGGGAAAAAGGAGAUGGAAAUUUCAGAGUUAAAUGCAAAGCUAAGAAAUCAAGAAAAAGAAAAACAAAAUGAAAUAAUCAAGCUACAACUAGAGAAACUCCAACAUUUUCAAGAAGAAAAAAACAAAGAGAUUGCAAUUCUUCGUAAUACCAUUCGCGAUUUAGAGCAACGCCUUUCUGUUGGCAAAGAUUCUCACCUUAAGCGUAGACGGUUUUGAGCUUAGCAGUAAAUUCAUUAAUUGGUAUUUUACUUAAAAGCAACUGAAAACUUCACUUCUAAUUUCAACAUAUGCAUACAGCCUACAUCACAAAAAGAGUCAGCUUUAAGGUUUUUAUUGAAUUUAUUUGGACAAAUCCAUACUGUAUCCAAUUGUGUACUGCAUUCUUGCUUAAUAGUAUUAACCAUAAAGGAGGUCAGGUUUAAAGGGUUUAGUUUACCUAUUAAACCAUCAUUGACUAUGGAAAUACUUACCAAGCAAUACAGAGACAGACAAUAUUCUUUAUCUUUCCCUUAUAUCUUUCAAGACAGCCAGUCAAGUUUUAGAAGAGUGUGAUACAAUGUUAGAGAAAGAAGGAUACAAAGGUAUUCAUGUGUGAUAGUAAAAGCAAGAUAUGAGUCUUCGAUAUCAAAAAAGAUAAAUGGACAUUUAAAAUAUGUAUGCUUUUUUAGCAAAAUAUUCAUGUGUUAAGUAUUUCUCGAUCUUAAAAUACAAAAUCUGCUUCUUUCUUUAGAUUUAGUUAAAAAUGUAAGAUUGAAAAGACAAGGAUAAUAUUGUUUGAGAGAUAAGUAAAAAAAAAAAAAAAAAUGGAAAGCAUGUCUUCGUUUUUCUUCCUC